AUGGAAGAAACUAAGUGCAUGAAUCCAGAUGCGUUGCACUAUCGUUUCAGGACACAAAUGGGUGUAAAGGUGGAGCCCUUUAAGAAAAGUUCCUGCAUGCAAGAAGUCAGGGACGAGAGAACCAAUGUGUCGGACUCUGUAGAUUCUAUUGUUGAAGUUGAGAAAUUGAAGUUGGAGAUGAAGAUGCUGGAAACUGCACUCCAGGGGGCUGUAAGGCAAGCUCAGGCAAUAGUGAAUGAAGGAAUGAGCCAAAGAGCAGUCCACCAGGCUAUGUUCGAAUCUAUAGCAUUAAUGGGAGCUAAUCUCCUCCAAAUCUACCUCCUGCAACUCCUGUUUGAAAGGAAGUUUGGGAUAUUCCGAGUUUAA